AUGGGGAGAGCUCCAGGUUGCACUGGUGAAGGACUAAAGAAGGGGCCAUGGACACCAGAAGAGGAUCAGAUCUUGAUGAAUUAUAUCCACAAACAUGGUCUCCGGGGAAGCUGGACUGCACUUCCUAAGCAAGCUGGCUUAAACAGGUGUGGCAAGAGCUGCAGAUUACGGUGGAUUAAUUAUCUUAGUCCUGAUAUCAAGAGAGGCGGCUUCACUGAUGAAGAAGAGCAGAUGAUCAUCAACUUGCAUUCUGCACUAGGAAACAGGUGGUCUCAGAUUGCUGCCCAACUUCCAGGAAGGACUGAUAAUGGAAUCAAAAACUACUGGAACACCCAUAUUAAGAAGAAGCUUGUCAGCAGUGGUAUCGAUCCAAAGACACAUGAACCUAUAGCUCCAAAUGAUCUCAAUAAUUUCUUGGUGAAUUUCUCUCAUUCGCUCUCGACCUCAAACUUGACCAACUUAAUGAUGAUGAAUUCGGUGGAUAGUCCUGCACUAGCAGCACUAAGAUCACUUGUUCCUCAGCCCGAACCAACAACCCAACUUCUGCAAAACUUAUGGCAGAUCAUAAAUACUGCUAAUCCAAUACUACUUCCUAAUACCAUACAAGAAAACAAUCUCUUGAAUUAUUCCGCGUAUUCUUCUCAAGGCAAUGUCCUUGUUAAUGGGACAGAUGCAGCCUAUGAUCAAGACUCAUCUAUCUUUCAAAACAUGCACGCUGGUGCACAAUGUUCAGGUAAAGAUUUCGGCAAUGUUGGAAGUGGACUAAGGCCGGAUGUCUUGUUGGACGACGCGGUUGGAAAGAGUUCAAUUUUCCCUCAGAAGGAAGAUAUGCUUCCUGCAUUAGUUUCAGCCUCUAGUACUGAUGAACCGUGUGGUGUCAAACAGAUGAUGAAUCAAACUAGUGUUCAAGCUGAAACACUACCGGCUGCAUCAUCCAGUAGUGCAUUUGAUACUUGGGAAAAACUGCUGAAUGAGGGAGAUGGGGAAGAUUAUUUCUAUAGGGAUCUGAUUAAUGAUCCUUAG